AUGAAGUACAGAACACGUGCGAUACAGAGGCGUAGCAUUGGAUGCGGACCCGGGACCGCGGCGCGGGCGAACUCUGCGCUUACGCGGCGACAGCGGCGGCAGGUAACAGCAGGUGCCGGAUGGACGUCCGCGCGGCUCGGCGUCGCGACGGGCACUGAGCCUCCUCCAGCACGGCCGCCUCCAGCUCCAGCUCCGGCGGUCCCACGCGCAGCUACUGUAUACCUGUCUGACGCCCGGCAACGCAGCAGCAGAUUAGGCCGCCUCUCUGCUUUCACGCGCCGGCGGGCGCCGAAGCGCGGUGCACCUUGUCGCACCCACACCGCCCUGCAGUGCUAUCGCUCUCCGGGCGACGCUGCAGUCCACGGGCAGACAAUAACUUUAACAGUGCAGGCGGCCUCUAGCAGUGACGGCGCGCUGGCUCGUACAGCCGGUUCGUUUCCCGCUGCGGCUCCAGCGGUAGCACUUCAGGAUAUGUUGAACUAG